AUGCCGCACGUCUUCAACUACGAGAAGGGCGAGUUCGAACAGAUCCACUUCGACAAGGCCGUCAAGUGUGAGCUGUUGACAAGCCAGACAUGUUCCUUGACACUGUGCAUGAGAGGUGCUGGGGAGAUUUUGUCCGGUGUUGACUUGUGUGGGACACCCAUUUGCAUUCGACAUGUCUUACAACACUGUGCAGUGGCUGCAGAGAUCCGAGUUCGCCCCGAGGACGUGAAGAAGCGCCAGCGCGUCUCCGAGAGCAUGAAGUUCCUGCUCGCGCAGGAGGCGACGCAGACCAAGAAGGAGGAGGCCAUCGGCGCUGGGUUGCUGCUGAGCAUUUCUACCUGUUCACAUCGCCAGGCAAGGGCGAAGCGCAAGGAGGCCAUGAAGGACUGA